AUGAAGUUGGUACUAGCAAUCGGCUUGCUUUGCCUUGUGGCAGUAUACGCCAGAGAAUUAGGUGAAGAUGAAAAGGACCUUGUAGCAGCUGCGAGCGGCAAAUCGCACCAUCAUGAAGAAGGCGGUGGCAAGGAACACCAUGCCCACCAUCAUCACGAGCACGGCGAGAAGGGACACAAGGGACACAAAGGACAUCAUCAUCACCACAAGGGAGAACACGGUGAUCACGGUAAACAUCACCAUGCAGGACAUCAUCAUGAACACGGUGGCGGCCAUAAGAAGCACUGGGAUGAGCACGAUCAUCAUGGUCAUCAUCACGAGCAUGGUCAUCAUCACAAAGGCGGCAAACACGGCCACCACAAGCAUCAUGACAAGGGAGAGAAGACCGACGGCUACCACAAGAAGUACCACAAGGACGACUUCCACAAGGACCAUCACUUCUAUGAUGACCAUCAUCACGAAGGCAAGCAUCACAAGCACGGACAUCACCAUGGACAUCACGAAAAGCACGGAGGAGACCACAAGAAGGGCGGACAUCAUGAGAGCGGUCAUCACGAACAUCAUCAUGGCAAGCACGGUCAUCAUGACAAGCAUCAUUAUGAUGAGGAUCAUCACGGUCACAAGGGUCAUCACGGUCAUGAGGAGCAUCAUCAUGGCCAUCACGACCAUGGCAAGAAGGGCGGUCACAAGGACCACAAAGAGUGGGGCUUCCAUCACGGAAAGCACUAA